UUUUGUUGUCUUAUUUGGGGGUUUAGGUUCAUAUAAUCUAAUUUGGGGUAUCUUUGUAUGUUGCUUAGUUUCAGCUUUUUAUCGUGUUUUCUCAGGAACUAGACAUGCAUGGGACAUAUUAAAUUUUCCCUAUUAAUUAUGUGUAAGAAAGGUACUAAGUCAUAAAAAAUGUGUACAUGAUUGACAAUUGCUAUAGCAAGCAUAUGCAAAUUAUUAAUAUCAUUGAAAUAGAGAAAUUUUGUAGUGGAUGUCUCUAGCAAUUUUUAUUUCUCGGAGGAUUUGGCGGUGCUACUUCUCGUCCUCCAUUAUUGGAAAAAUAGGAAUGAUAAAUGAGGUUCAUAUAUAUUUUGUUGAUUUAUGUUAUCCUGACAUGUAUAUGAGGUUCAUAUAUAUUUUUUUCCUUCGGAGGUUUGCUUACAUUUAGAGCGCCAAACAACUUUUCAAUUUAACAUUGCUUAGAAAAUGUUAAGAGCUAUUGGAAAUUACAUUCUGAAGAUCACCGCACUAUUAAGAACUUGAAUUUGUUGAUUGUUUCAUGGAAAUGCUCUAUAAAAAUCAGUUUUAUGACAGACAACACGACUGGACUAAUAAUUAAGCAGUCCAGUCGAGGUAGUAAUCAAAGUGUAUGCCUCUGUUUGUGUAAUCCAAUUCUGAGUUUAUGUUGCCCAUAUGAAUUUUUGAUUGUGUUUUACAUUUCCUUUUAAAAAAAUAGGAAUUUUCAUUGUUUGUUAGAUAGGAAGCAUGAGUUCCUAUAGAGCUGAUCGUUCGUGGAUGUAUAAUAGACUAGUGCCAAGUCGAAAAGGAGUCACUACUGAGUUCAAAGAAGGUGUGCGUCAAUUUGUAGAGUUUGCAUUAAUGCAACCCGACUUUGUUUCUGAUGGAAGUAUAAGGUGCCCAUGUUCAAAAUGUGGAAAUAGUAGUGGAUUUCUUAAACCUCAUGAUAUUAGAGCACAUUUAUACAAUAAUGGUUUCAUACAUAACUAUUAUCAAUGGGAAUCACAUGGGGAGCCUUUUGUACCAAUUUCUAGGCUUCAACAUAAUACCAAUACAGGCGAUGGAAUAGGUGUUGAUAAAUCACCAAUAAAUCCAUACCGAGCUAUGGUCGUGGAUGCAAUUGGUCCUAGUUUCAACUUUGAUAGUGAUGGAUUUGAUUUGGAUGGUGAAGAAGAAGAACCUCCUAAUCGAAAUGCUCAAGAAUUUUUUGAUAUGCUAAAAGCUUCAGAAGAGCCAUUGUUUGAUGGAUGUUUGACUCAUUCUCAGCUAUCAGCGGUGUGCAGGUUGCUGAACAUUAAGUCUGAGUUUAACAUGAGCGACAAUUGCUAUAAUCAAAUUUUGCUAUUUUUGAAGGAGCUCUUACCCGAAGAUGCUAAGUUACCCAAUGAUUACUAUAGGACUAAACAAAUGGUUGCAAAACUUGGGCUAGGAUAUGAAAAGAUAGAUGUAUGUCCAACAGGUUGUAUCCUAUAUUACAAGGAUAACAAAGACAAAAGAGAUUGUCCAAAGUGUGGUCAACCACGCUAUAAGCCUAAGAAAAGAGGCAAUGGAAGGCAAAAAGAUGUUCCAUAUAAAGUACUGCGUUACUUUCCAAUAACUCCGAGAUUACAGAGGCUAUAUAUGUCAACAAAGACAGCUGAACAUAUGAUAUGGCACUGGAAAUAUCGUCGCGAACCUGGGGUAAUGAGUCAUCCAAGUGAUGGAGAGGCAUGGAAAAAAUUUGAUCAGUGCCAUCCUAGCUUUGCAAUUGAGCCUCGAAAUAUUAGGCUUGGACUUGCAGCUGAUGGGUUUAGUCCUUUUGGGCAGAUGGCCCAUCCUUAUUCUUGUUGGCCAGUAAUCAUCACACCGUACAAUCUUCCGCCCGGAAUGUGCAUGAGUAGCCCUUACAUGUUCUUAAGUCUUCUCAUUCCUGGUCCCAAAAGUCCGGGGAAGAAUAUAGACUUAUACUUACAACCUCUUAUUGAUGAAUUGAAGAAAUUAUGGGUUGACGGGGUUGAGACUUAUGACUCUCAUAAGAAACAGAAUUUUCAAAUGCGAGCUGCACUUAUGUGGACUAUUAAUGACUUCCCAGCUUAUGGAAUGUUGUCUGGCUGGAGCACACACGGUCUUUUGGCAUGCCCUUGUUGUAAGGGGAAAAGUAAGGCGUUUCAUUUAAAAAAUGGGAGAAAGGGUUCAUUCUUUGAUUGUCAUCGUCAAUUUCUGCCUAUGGGUCAUCCAUUUCGGCGGGACAGAAAAUCAUUUUUAAAAGGAAGGGUUGAGCACGGUGCUCCUUCUCCUAGGUUGUCUAGUGAAGAAGUUUGGAACAAUGUGCGUGGCUUACCAAAAAUAUUUGAUGACCACGCCUCCAAUAAGUUGCCAGGGUUUGGGGAUCAACAUAACUGGACAAAACAAAGCAUUUUCUGGGAAUUACCAUAUUGGCACACAAAUAUUAUUCGGCAUAAUCUUGAUGUGAUGCAUAUCGAGAAAAAUGUAUUUGAUAAUAUAUUCAACACAGUAAUGGAUGUAAAGGAUAAAACGAAAGACAAUUUAAAAGCUAGAAAGGAUGUGCAGACUUAUUGCAAUCGUCCAGAGCUUGAAUUGAUGGAGCAUGAAGGAAAAAUUUUGAAGCCAAAGGCAGCCUAUUCAUUGACAAAAGAACAAAAAAAGUUGAUAUGUGAAUGGGUCAAAAGUUUAAGGUUUCCAGAUGGUUAUGCUUCCAAUUUGUCUAGAUGUGUAGACAUGGAUGAUUGUAAGUUAUCAAGGAUGAAGAGCCAUGAUUGUCAUGUGUUUCUAGAAAGGUUGCUACCAAUUGCAUUUCGAGAAUUUUUGCCAGAGCCAAUUUGGAAUGCCUUAACAGAGAUUAGCUUAUUUUUUAGAGGUUUAUGCGCACCUGUGUUGGAAGUAGAAGAUCUACGUAAGCUUGAAGAAAGCAUAAAAGUUACAAUCUGCAAGCUGGAGAAAAUAUUUCCUCCUGGUUUCUUUGAUCCCAUGGAACAUUUGCCAAUUCACUUACCAUAUGAAGCAAUAGCUGGUGGCCCAGUGCAAUUUCGGUGGAUGUACCCUUUUGAGCGGGAGCUUCACGUUCAUAAGAAGAAAGUGAAAAACAGAUCUCGUGUCGAGGGAUCAAUAGCUGAAGCUUAUAUCAUUCAAGAAAUUUCAACAUUCAGUUCCCAUUAUUUCCAGCCUAAUGUGCAAACUAGGCUGAACAAAGUGACUCGAAAUGAUGAUGGAGGUGAAGUUGAUGCACCUGAUGGUUGUCUAUCCAUCUUUGUGCAUCCAGGACGUCCGAGUGGGGAGAUGAAUAAACGCUAUUUGUCCGAUAAGGAGUGGGAUGCAGCACGAAUGUAUGUUUUGUUAAAUUGUGAGGAGGUUCAGCCAUUCGUCCAUAUCUUUGAAGCUGAAUUGAAAAGGCAUUCAGAGAACAUUAGCCUCGAGGAAAUUGAUAAAGAGACGAAUAGUAGAUUUGCCAACUGGUUUGAAGCUUAUGUUCUUAAUCCAGCUAACAACAUAAUUGAUGAGCGGUUGAAAGACUUGGCUUCUGGUCCUUAUAAGUGGGUGCAAACCUGGCCUCAGUAUUUUACGAAUGGCUAUAGGUUCGACAUUCUUACUUAUGGCUCUAACAAAUCAACUAUGAAUAGUGGUGUGUGCAUAAAAGGGACAAGUUGGAGUGACUAUGAAAGUGACUACUAUGGAUUGCUCGUUGACGUGAUACAACUAGAGUAUCCUAAUCCGACAAAGAAGAGAACUACUCUAGUGUUGUUCAAAUGUGAUUGGUUUGAUCCAACAAUGGGCAGAGGGUGGAAGGUUCAUAAUCAGUAUGGUCUAAUUGAUAUCAACCAUAAGAAAAGGUUCUCAAGCUAUGCCUAUGAACCUUUUGUGUUGGCUGAACAAGCGCAACAAGUCUAUUUUUCAGAAUAUCCCAAAGAAAAAGAAAGAUAUUGUUGACUGGUGGGCAGUGUGUAAAAUAAAAGCUAGAAACCGAAUUGAUUCCCCAAAUGUCCUGUACCAAGAAGAAGAGACUUUACCCGCAUUAUUCCCAAUUAUCACUGAUGAUCUUGAUAGCUUGCGUCAUGAAAAUGGUGAAGUGGAAGUACAUGACGUUGAAAAAGUGACUGUUGAAAAUGAAAGCGCGCACAAUAUUGAUGCCAUUGAAGAUGAUGAAGAGAUAGAAGAAUCUGAUUUCGAAUCGUCUGGUUUUGAGCAAUAUUUUAGUGAAACUGAUGACAGUGAAUAAUAACAAGAUCUUGAGUAGUGACUUUUACUGCAAUUUCUUUCCUAGCAUGUUUUCUUUUAUUGCCAUUGCUGGUCUUUUUGCCGCUAGAUGUCAUUUAUGGAAGCUUAAGUAUUAUUUUUCUGAAGUUAAUGCAUCAAUUUGUUAAAUUGGUCAUUUAGCACUCUUUUAAAUGAAGUUUUUUUUCCAGUGACGUCAUCUGCUAAGAGUGACUUUCUUGAUAUUGCCUUGCAGUCAACAACUAUAGUUUCUAUUACGCUUUUUAGCACAAUACUUAGCUGCUAAAAAUAUUAAUAUGCAUACAGAUAAGUGUGGGUGUAUAAUGUAGUCUUCAUAUUAGCAAAUGUUGGCAGAAUGCUAAAGUAGAGUUUUAACUAUUUUUGGGUCAUGAUAUAGGAUGAACGGAUACUACUAUCAUUGCAGGAGUUAGAAUUUUAUUGAUUCACCAUCUGAAUGGGUGAAUCAUGUUAGCUUGUUUGCUUCUGUAUUUCAGCCAACAUUGAGUGCAAAACUGCAAAUGAGCUUCAUCGUUUUCUAUACAUUAAUCAUUUAUAUUGUUACUUUUUCUGGUUGCGGAGAGUAGAUGUUCCUCAUUUUGCAGUCUUCUAUCUUUAUCCCAUAUACAGAUGAAAGAAAAGUUCUUUACUUGUUGUAACUUUGUACUCUAUCCUAUUAUUGCUUUCCCCCAAUAUUUCUAUCUCAUUAGUGCUAAUGUAAACGGUGAUCGUAUCUAAAGCAUGAAAUGUUGCACAUAUUUUUUGACUCUUCGAGUAUUAUUCUACUGUUCUUGUUAGAUUUUGAUCAGGAAAUAUGACAAGGGGAAGAGGCAUUAAACGUAGUAGGGAAGGUCGUGGGCACAUGUCUAAUAAAGGAGGAGGAGGCAAAACCUUUAGUGUUAAACCAUACCAAACACUUCUCAGGAGGAUGUUAGUGAACCAUCAACUCCUACGUCUCAACAGAUUGGUUCAAACAAUCGUAUUGUCUCGUCACAUGAAAGUAAUUCUCAGCAGAUUGUACAUACAUCUCAAGAUGGUAGUGCUCGGAAAACAACUCCUGCUCCUCGAAGUAUUGGCGGUCACCAAGAAAUUCCUACUUCGAUAGAUGUUGGUCGUCAACAAGCUCCUUCUUCUCAGAAUGUUGGUGCUGAGCAAGCAACUCCCGGACAAACACGAUCUUUUGGAAGUAGUAACCCACAAGAAAGACGAGCUACUCUUGGUGGCAUAAAAUCCUUGAAAGUAAACGGAGAUACGUAAGUAAAUCAAAUUAUACAAGUUGUGGCUAAACAGUUUUCAUUUAAUAAUUUUCACAUAAAAUGUUGUACUAAUUAUUUUUUAGAUUCUGCCCACAUGAGGCUGUUCGGGAUGUGUCGUUAGCUUUUAAGAAAAGCUUCACCGGACCAUGGCAUUGUUGGAGCAAAGUUCCGGAGUAUGUACGAGACAAAUGGUUCAAUGACUUUGAGGUACUUAAACAAUAACCUACGGAUUUAACUAAAUGUCAAAUUUUUUUGCUUUUAAUUUUAAGAGUGGUCUUUUUUUGUAUGCGCAAUAAAAGUUCUUAAAUUCUCCCUACCACUCUCAUGAUUCAUCUAUGAUCCCUUCUUUUAUUUUUAGAGGUAGUUAUAUUCUUGCCUAUGCUCUCCUUGCUUUUGUUAUCAAUGUAACAGGUCUAAUUAUAUAUCUAACCAACUAU